AUGGAGGACGCACCAGCCGUCGUCGCCGCUCGGGUUGGGCUCGCACCAUAUGUGGCUCCAACUGCUGAGUCUGCUAUCACUGUCGGCAAACGCCAUCAUCGCUCCCUCAGUGGAUCAGACGGGUCUAGUGGAUCUAUGGCUCCUGCCAAAAUGGACAAGGAACAGGCCAUUGCGCAGCUACAGCGCGAGUUGAAGGUGGCCAGCGAACGAGUUGAGAGCGCAGAGAAUACUGCACGCGGCCACCUUGCUGAAGUAAACCGGGUCCUUGAACACAAGCGCAUUAUUCUCUGGGUUAAGAGCCAAGUAGAGUCUCUCCGAGCAAAAGGGGCUCGAGUAAUUCUGAUUAGCGAUUUUAAUGGCGUUGUCAACCCUUCUAUGGACCGUUGGUCUGGCGAUUACACGUCGACGGUUCCCGAGCUGCCACUUUUCUCGUGGCUUGACACACGCAGCUUCACGGAUACCUUUCGACUCCUGUAUCCGACGCAGCCCUCCUUUACGUUCCGAGGCGUCAGUCGCCUGGAUAUGGCGUGGAUUUCGUCUGACCUCACCUCCUACCUGCUUGACGUUAAGACAAACGAUUUAGUGGCUCCUAUCCGAUCCGAUCAGGCUCUGGUUGCAGCCAAUUUUGACCUACACAAGCUGGUUAAUCCGACGCCACAACAUCUAGAAGAGUACGGACUGACAGAGAUUCUUAAUGGUGAUCCCGAGUCAACCCUCGCCACUCCUGCACUCCUUGCGACCGUGCCCUCGACCCAGUCUGGGACCGCUUUCACUCCAUCGCUGCAGGCGAAGGUCAGUGACCUUGGAUAUAUUAUCCGCUCCGUUCGUCGGGUAUCCAUCGAUCAGCCUGCCACGCACGACACUCUCAAGCUUCUGACACGCAAGGAGAUAUACAAAUGCUCAUCGCGAGUAUUUGGAUACACAUCGACAGAUGAUCAUCAGCGACCACACCGAUCGCCGCGACAUCAAUUUCGAGACGCGCACACGACAAACCAUCCGCAGUAUCCUGGACAUAUCCUCUGGUCGUGUACAGUUGGAUCACUAGUGGUGGAGAACGAUGGUGACGGACUCUAUGUGACAGAUGAUCCGACGGAUAUCAAACAACGGUUCCCAAGAGGCGACAUUGAUGCGAGUUGGUACGAGGCUCUCAUGGACACUCCAUCCCGCGACGAGGUUGCUGCUGCAAUUCAAUCCGCUCCAACCAACAAAGCCCCAGGCAUAUCAGGGCUGACUGGAGAUCUGUUACAGCACCUUGGACCAGUGGCGCUUUCGGUCUUUGUGCUCCUCGUGCAAGCUUGCAUUGCUCAGGGCACUCUACCCACGGUGCGGCUCAAUGGUCCAUCUACUGCAUCCCGAAAAGUCCGUCAUGGUCUGGCAAGAUCAGUGAAGUUCGGCCGAUAG